GACUUGCAUGUUCGCGCGCCGUACGACUGCGUUUUCGGUAACAUAUCCUUCAAUUUCACCUCUGACAGGGUGCGACGUUCGUCGCUCUCUCUCUCUUUGGUCUUUAUUUUUCAUCAUCGUCACCAAUUUGCACGAGUCUGCUGAUCGCCGGAAACCACCUCUCCACUGACCACCGCCCGCACAUAUCUCCACUGGAGGUUAGUGUUCAUAACCCAGUUUUUGCCAGACCAUUAUCUCUCUGCACUCCACCAAACGGCUCUGAGGUAAGCGAUUCACACAUCGCAGGCUCGGCGUCUCCUCACUGCUUUUGACUCUUCUGGUUAUGUGAAGAUAUUUUGUUCCUUCCUAAAUGUCACCAUACGCGGAGAAAUGUUUAAGAUGGUAGUGUCUUAGGCAAAACAGCUAGAGCUAGGGUUUAGAGACGGGACUCAAAAUGUUAAACAAGAUCAUAAAGAGGGGGAAUCGGAAGGCUCAAAAAUCCAUCGGAGGGGAUUUCAAGUACGGACCUCAGCAGGUUACCGCGUCCAAUGUGGUGGUGAACCAUGCUUCCAGAGGCGGCUUGCAGGUAGAUUCAACACAGUCGCACCUGUUCACCAUGAUGCCGCCAGUUCUGGUCCCAGGAACUAUUGACAACCUUCCUGUAUUCCGAGAUGUGCCAGUGUCGGAGCGCCAGAACAUGUUUCUGAAGAAGCUUCAGAUCUGCUGCUUCCAGUUUGAUUUCACAGAUGCAAUGAAGAUGGUAAGAGAGAAGGAGAUCAAGAGGCAGUCCCUUGUGGAGCUUGUAGAUUUCAUUCAAUCUGGAUCUGGAAAAAUCACUGAGAGCAAUCAGGAAGAAAUGAUAAGGAUGAUAUCCAUCAACAUAUUCCGGUGCUUGCCUCCAAACUCACACGAGAAUACAGGAUCGGACAAUACUGACCCUGAAGAGGAGGAGCCCUUUCUAGAGCCCUCAUGGCCGCAUUUGCAGCUCGUCUAUGAACUUCUUCUGCGCUACAUUGUCUCAUCCGACACAGAUACGAAGAUAGCUAAACGGUUUAUUGAUCACUCAUUUGUGUUGAAGUUAUUGGAUUUGUUUGGUUCUGAGGACCCAAGGGAAAGAGAGUAUUUGAAAACAAUUCUUCACCGAAUAUACGGAAAGUUCAUGGUGCACCGGCCAUUUAUAAGGAAGGCCAUUGGCAACGUCUUUUAUGGAUUUAUAUAUGAAACAGAGAGACACAGCGGGAUAGGUGAGCUUUUGGAGAUUCUGGGAAGUAUAAUAAAUGGGUUUGCAUUGCCAAUGAAAGAGGAACAUAAGUUGUUUCUCGUCCGUGUACUCAUCCCACUCCACAAGCCAAAAUCAAUAACAUUGUAUCAUCAGCAGCUGUCUUACUGCAUUUUUCAGUUUGUGGAGAAGGACUACAAGUUGGCUGAUACGGUUAUUAGAGGUCUUCUGAAAUACUGGCCUGUUACUAAUUGCCAAAAAGAAGUUCUCUUCCUUGGGGAGCUUGAAGAAGUUUUGGAAGCCACACAGCCAUCUGAGUUUCAGCGUUGCAUUGCUCCUCUAUUUAGACAGAUAGCUCGUUGCCUGAACAGCCCCCACUUUCAGGUUGCAGAACGAGCUCUGUUUUUAUGGAACAACGAACACAUUGUAAGCUUGAUUGCCCAGAGCAGAAAUGCCAUUUUACCCAUUAUUUUCGAGGCUCUUGAAAAGAACAUACAGUUUCAUUGGAAUCAAGCGGUCAAUGGACUGACUGUGAAUGUAAGGAAGAUGUUCAUGGAGAUGGAUGCUGAUUUGUUUGAGGAGUGCCAAACACGGUACGCAGAGAGAGUGGGCCAGGCCACGGAAAUGGCAGAACAGAGACAAUACAAAUGGCAGAGAUUAGCAGCUGCUGCAGGGGAAGAGGGGUGAGAGAUGUAAGUUUAUCGUUGGAACAUCAUCAUCAUUAUCGUUGUACUCACAACUGCUCUCAGUAUGUAUGCAUGUAUUUAUAUUUAUCAUAACUGUGAUAACAUGUACUCGGUAUCAAUUUAAGAACGUGGCUUGUGAAAGUUAUCUGAGUGCAUUUUGUCAUAUACACUUUUCUUGAGAGAAGUUGUUUCUGAUACUGAGGAAAGCCUAGCUACUGCCUACUACUUAUAGAUUAUAAAUCCGGUUUCAAGCACUUCUCUUGUGAUUUUCUUUUCUUUUCUGACCUGUAAGGAUUGUUUUCAAUCCUCUUGUGUUUUGUACUCUAAGAACUCCAGUUUAGUCUUCACUCUUGUGGGGAAAUGCUUUUUUGUACAGUUUUGGGAUUCCGUUCCACUUUAUCAUUUUCAGAGAUAUUCUCAAACAACUUUUUUCAUUAAUAAGACUCCAAACAGCAGCACGAUUUAAUCAUAUGUACUGCAUCCGUCCUAUAAGGUAAGCUACAUAUGAAUUUUAACCUCCAAACGUAAGAAAGAGAAAAAUGAAUUCACAAAAAGUAAAAUAUGAAACGAUAGAUAAAGAGAUAAAGUGAAAAAAAAUGUAAGAAAUAGAAAAAUGAAUCCACAAAAGUAAAAUAUGAAAUGAUAGAUAAAGAGAUAAAGUGAAAAAGUAAAACGUUAGUAGAAUUCAAUUUAAGAAAGUGUUCAUAUUUUUGGAACACUUUAAAAAGGAAAAUGUAUCUUACAAAAUGGACAGAUGGUUAAAUAUAAAUUAAGUGUGUUUUUACUUGGAUUGAAAUUUUCUGGUCUGAUAUAGCUUGGUCUGAACUGGUCUGGUUUGGUAGAUGUUUGGUCUCUAUCUAUUUUACAACUAUUGAAGUCUGGUUUGGUUUGAGACUGAAAUAAGUCCGAGAAAAAAUAUUCUAAUUGUUAAGUGAUAAACUCUAAAC